AUGUUCAUUACACCGCUUAUAAAAGGAAGAGUAGGUUAUGGGAGACUUCAUCUCUUUGGCACCCAAAACGAUCUAACAUAUCUGUUUUGGGACCAAAGAAAUCAUGUGAAUGGUCGCAAAUCUUACGAGUUUCAUGGCGACCUGAACGACACGCCUUCGAAUGCAAAGACUAGAGGUCCAUCCUUCGGCAAGCACGUAAAGAGAGUUGCGAGGAAUCAGCACCUGAGAGAAGGGAAGAAUCACUGGUCAAAGGUAGAAAAAUAUCCAUGGAGUGCAUGGAGUGUAAAAGCGAAAGACGCAGAUGAUGUGACCGAUUCGAAUACCCAUGAAUCGAAAUGGCAUGAAGGCGAUAUCGGAUCAGAACCAAUCGAAGUAAUAAGUGGAUCUCUGUCGCAGGUUACAAAACAGCGCUACAAUGAUCCUUGGUCAAAUCGAUACGAGGAAAACCGAAAAAUUGAAGGAUUGUCCGAAAACAAAUCAAAAGAAAAGGGCAGCACAUCUACGAAAAAUGAUGCGAAUCGACCGAGAUCACAGAAAUCAAAACGACAUACAAACAGGAGAAUUCGUUCGAUACACAAGAGUCAUGGUGAACGCCUUGGGGAAAAGGCUCCCUUAGCUGCGAAAAGACGGAACAAAAAGAACGUGACUGCCACAAACACAAAAACAUCAAGAGAUCGAGAAAUUCAGGGCAAACCGGAAACAGAAAACAGCUAG